UCGUAGUGGACAACAUGCAGGGCCGGCGGGUAAACGACGAACGAGCGGUUGCCAUGACAACGGGUGUCGAUGUCGUGCAAGGAUAAGGGGGGCGUUGGGGAGACGUGAUCGCUGUUGGCUUACAGCCCUUGGAAAUAAUAGACAACAAACUACAUAUGCUAUAAUUCUUCUAACAAACAAACAACGCCACUUUACUUGAUGAAAUGAGUCAGUGCUCAUUCGCCGCCCUCUGGUGGAUAACAUGCGUCAACCACCAGAAGAUUGUCGAUUUCGGCCUUGGGAAUAUUUUGGGGGUUUUAUUUACUCUCUCCUCACCGUAAAGUUUACCAACUUUUGCCCUAUGUUUCCGAUCUAUGGAACAUUUCAUUAUUCCAUAAGAUGAACUGAUUAACCUCGUUGUACCUUGUAUGUUGCAGUUGAAUCAGUCAGCAACAGUCCUAACUCGACCCAGUGCAAUAGCAAAGGCCCUAGUGAGUGUGAGAAGACCCCACAUAACUUUGUUUUCAAAUUUAAUUCCAUUUCAGAGUUCUGACAGAUGGUGGUGUUUAGUUGGAAAGGAGAAAGUAAAAAAAAAAAAAGCCAUAAAGAUUCCAAACAGAGAAAUGAUGGUCCUUUAGUCUCGGCGUGCAUCAUCAGAUAAAUGCUAGAACACGCCCUAAACUAUGGAACUUUAUUUUUGUGCUGGCUACAUGCAAGGUGAUUUCGUUUUCUUGUUUUUUUCGUUGAUUGCGGUCGGUAAAUCAGACAAAAUGUGCUACAAUAGUUGCAGUUUUUACUUCAAAUUUCAGAUGGGUUAGUGAGAUUGAUCCUCGAGGUUCAGUCAUGGCACUGAUGUUUAGAGGGAAUUUGCAAUACCCUUCCCGUAGAUGAUAAUCCAUCAUGGCCGACAUUUUCACUCCCUUACUCUUCUCAAUUUUUUCCUUUGUCUGCCAUUCGUACGAUUGUUUUUGUGUUCUCAACUUUCUCCAUCUUUCUCCUCCUUAUGAUAACAAUUUUACUUACUGCUAGCAAACUAUAUGAUAAGUACCAUAAGUGUUAUUAUUUUUCAUGUCUCAUUAUAUUUGCAACUGCAUUUAUACUACUGAGUACUAGUUGAUUCUAAAUACUCCCUAUUUGAUAUGGCUUAAAAUCUUUUGUCAUUUUGCCCUGAAGUGAAAGCUCUUUGGACGUUUUUUCCUUUUGGAAUUUAAUUCUAAAUUAAGGAAUAAUUAAAGGGGAUGAAAUAAAGUAAAACAACAACAUUGGAUUGUAGGGUAUAAGAUAAAGAAUUUACUGUAUGGGUAAAUAUGUGCAAGGGAAAGCCGAAAAUGGUAGCAAAGUAAUAACAAGGAAAACAAAAAAACAAAGAUAGAUAUUAACAUUGAGAUUUAUUUACAUUCAAGCCGAAAAAAAACAAAGGAAUGAAAUUUUGAAGUGUGGGAGAUACUAUUUACAUUAUUAAGUAAGAAUUCAGGGUUGGUAGUUGGAUAAGUGGCACAUGUAUCCCGAUCCAUUCCUUGGUAGAAAUGGGCAACCCAUCGGGGUCGUUUUCGUCCAGCUUAAACUAAUGAACCUUAUGAACCUCUUGUAAAGCCUUUUUGGCCUCAUACUGGGCCUUCUUCUUCUUAGAACGUCUAGCAUUUAGAGCUCUGUUUUUCUGUUUGCGAAUCUCUCUUCGCCGCUCCUCAUCCACUGAUUCUUCCGGAAUCGUAUCCAGUUUCGGUGUGAAACGUUGCCUGGUGUUAACUUGUGUGGGCAUGAUAAUGGCGGCUGUAGGGCUGCGUUGUUCGAGCUCUUCUUGAAUGAUGGUGUUUUCAAGAAGCUCAAAUGCAUGCAGCUCUGCCUCCUCAAUCGGGUCCAACACAAGGGCAGGAUUCAGCAUUAGGCCCACUCGGAGCUCGUCAUCAGCAGACGCAAGGUUAAUCCGUUGAUCAGGUACCAGAUCUAGAUCGUCCAGUGACACUUGACGACGGCAGUUGGGAACGAGUUGCUUUUCAACAUCACGCAAUCCCAACCGCUGCCGUCCUGCAUCAUCGAGACGAUUCAAACGAACGGGGAUCUUUGAGGGAAUAGACUGCUGCUGGUUAGGGGCCAAAUAAUGCGAAAGAGGAAGGAUCGCCUGUGAUGCCAAUUUCGUCACUCGUCUUACCGGAAUUCGCGAAUGAAAGCCAGUGUUUCCAAUGACGCUAAUGGUCACAGAAGGCGAAACGAAUUUGUUCGCUGCGGAUGGUUUCGCUACUCGAAAACUGAUCACGCGGCUACGAACGUGGGCAAAGUCCUUCUUUGUGCCAGGAAGAGGCUUGAUCGCCAAACACUGACUUUUCGCAGGCAUUUUCACUUGACAAGAUAAUUCAACUUUUUCGUCAUCAUUCUCAGCCGAUUCGUCACCAGCCCUUGGACACCGAUAUUGCGCAAUCACCAAAUUGCGUCGUACGUGGUUGACAUGAAAAAGGAAAAAACAAACAAUACUAUUACAUGUAAAACAAGAAUACAGUCCACAGAGAAAAUCAGUGUUCACUCAUGAUUAUCUGGUUACCAACGGGCUUUAAUGUAAUUCAGCAGACUGCAGCCGAAUAUCGAGUUCCAAUCAUCUAUAGAAAACCUUAUCAAGAUGACCAAACGUGUCGAAUCUAAUACACAAAAUUCCAUUUCUUUCGGUUAGAAAAAAACUUAAUUCGUAAAUGGAAAGAAUAUAAGGACAAUCUUUACAAAUAAGGAUGCUUUAAUGUUUUUCACUCGUUACCAUUUAUAAUUUUUUUUUUUAAAGUCUGACAGGUCUCCAUUGGCUGGCAACUGAAAAAAAAUGAAGUGAAUGAGUGGGUGCGUGUCUGGUUCAACUGGGUAAUGCGUCAAUGUCGUACCAGCAGAUGGACUCCCAGUUUCUCCCAACGCGCCUACAAUUUUGGUUCUUUUUCUUUAGUGUGGAUGUGGUGUUGUCGAACGCACCGGUGUCGGCUUAUUCAUCAUGCGAACAUCAAGUACAACGUGCACGUAAUGCGAGGAUAAUAAGAAAAACAAGAACAUCCAAUCGCACCCUAAGAAAUAAAAAUCUUUUUGUUCAUCAUCUGAUUCGAAAACUUUUUUCUUCGCCACUUGAAUUGUAGGCCGACAUUUGGUUUUCUUUCUCUUUUACCCAUCCAUCAUCGACCCACCAAUGUACACAUUCACGAACAGUGUAUGUCAUCGUUGCCAGCAGUUUCAUUAUUGAAAAUGUUUCACAAAAUUGAGAUCGACUCUCGUGUUUCGUUUGGUUCUAUUCUGCCACACGUCUGCCAACACUCCCACAGCCAAAACCUGGGAAUUGAAUUGAUUUUUCAUCUCGUCUUUCAUGGACGUUUUCUUUACCUGAACAUCAUCACAUUCAGUUCAAAAAGGAGAAGCUCUUUUGCCUAGGAGAAAUGAGAGGAAGCAGACGAAAUUUCGUUAAGGAGAGUAGGCCAUUAUUAGACGAAUACCACGCGAUGAACUACGAGAAAUGCCUUCAUUAAAUGCAAAGUAGAUCCAUCAAAGUUUCAAGAGAAAAGGAUCAAACGAAAAUGCAUUUUUUUUCCCAAUGAGAUUUCAAAGCAAAAACUGCGGCAACUGCGCCGACGCCAAAGUUUCCGAUUUUAGUCACUGAGGUCACUGCUGUAGACAACAGUCGACCUACUCCAGUUGUUCCCGCCAGCGAACACGUGUGGGUUUGGUGCGAAAGGACUGGCUAGAUUCGAUCAGUUGGUCGUUAGCUGUCGAGUCGUGCACAAUCCAGUGCACUCAUUGAAUUCAUCACUGUUUCACGAUUUUACAUGUCCGAUUACAAGCUAAAGCUUUUUGGUUCGCUCUUUUGCCAACAAGUCGGAAUUUCAUAGUUGACUGGUAGACAAAAGUGCCACCUCAUCAACGUCACCCGGUCGUCGUCUUGUUUGUGGUGACAUUCAACCGGUUGAAAUCCACAGAUUUCCAUUUUUAAAAAAGUGAAUCUCGUCCACGGAAAAAUUCUAAUUUGAGGUCGUCGAAUGUUUUCCGUCCUUGGUUAUGAAGUUCAGCUUUCAGGAUCUAAUUGGAGUGUGAUGCUACCGAGACGACCCCUUUGCUGUUAAACAUCAGCUCCGAUCGGCUGGACCCGACUUGCUUUCGCUGGACAUUGCCCGUCACAUCCAGCGAAUUCAGUGGAGCGACGAAAAGAAAAAUCCGUUUUGAUUGAUGAUGGAUCAUCAUGGAACAGCUAGACGGUCCACGAUGAUCCUGGUGCUUGUGACAACGGCCCACCUCUUUGUGGUUUCACCCGUCAUGGUCGAGUCGUCGUCUGCCUCGGCGGCCCUGCUGCCCAUUCCAGCAGAAGUUUCUUCCCGGGCGACAGACAAGAUGCUGGUCAAUACCAUCGACACCUCAGAAGAUGAAUCCAUUAAGUUGGAGAAGGUGUCGGUGCUGAGCGGAAGGACAGCCGAACUGCCGUGUGACAUUUCCCCGCCACCUCUCGACUCUCUUUACCUCGUCCUGUGGUACAAAAACGAUUCGGAUUUCCCCAUUUACAAGUACGAUGCUCGUCGUUCGAGGGAAAGUUAUCGCCAACAACAGACGCAACACGACAGUCAAAUGCUCUUGUUGCAACAACAGCAAGAACAAGGCCAAUACACGGCCGCCUCAACAGCGACACGAGUCCAUUUCCAAUUCGAUAGUCAUCCGGUGGCUCUUUUAUUAUUGAACAACGCGGCCGAUCACGACGAGGGAAUCUAUCGAUGUCGGGUCGAUUUUGGCCGUUCGCCAACUCGCAAUGUCCUCGUUCAGCUCACCGUCGUAGUUCCACCUGGGAAGAUUCGGAUCAUCGAGGACAAUCGUCAAGUCUCGUCGGUCAUUGGCCCUUACGACGAAGGGGCACAACUUUCGCUCAAUUGCAUCGUCACUGGAGGUCGACCACGUCCAGAAGUCAGUUGGUGGUUGGACAACAAAUUAGUGGACCACACCUUCAUUGGCACGUCGGAGAACGUCGUCCAAAAUGUUCUGGUCAUCCCGCAACUUCAACGUCACCACCUGCACGCCAUUUUGCGUUGCCAGGCGUCAAACUAUUUUGGUGCGCGCAACACCACGUCAACGUCCCAUCUUGGCCUCAAUUCCUAUGGACAUCACAAUCGACAACAACAAAACACGAUCGUCUCCAGCGUGCAACUUGAUCUCAAUCUGAAGCCGAUGUGGGUGACAAUCAGCGGGACAGAGAAACCGUUUUCUGCCGGCAAAUGUUACACGAUCGAAUGUUCCACUGGUGGAUCACGUCCAUCCGCCAGUAUCCAUUGGUACCUGCACUCGAUCCAACAGCAACCAACCAGAGAGAGGAUAACGAUGGACGGACGCAACACGACGAGCACGUUGAAGCUGACGCCGACGGCCAAGGAUCACGACGCCGAAUUGAUCUGCUCGGCGUUCAAUCCCGUAAUGAUUUCAACGUCUAGUCACAACAGCAGCGAUGGCAAUAAUUUGAGCGACAGGACCUCGUCGUCGUCCAUCGAGACUCGUCGAAAACUUGUCGUCCAUUUUGCUCCAACGACGGAAUUGGAACUCGGUCGCAAUUUGAAACCGGAUUCAAUUGUGGAAGGCAACGACGUCUAUUUCGAGUGCCGCAUCCGCUCCAAUCCGCCGCCGCAUCGCAUCAUUUGGACUCACGAGGGUCAGACUGUACGAGAAAAUGCGACAGCUGGAGUCCUUGUGGUGGAGCAAAGUUUAGUCAUCCGGCGAGUUUCUCGUUUCCAUUCGGGCCGCUAUUCUUGCACGGCCAUCAAUACGGAGGGAACUGGACUUAGCAACACCGUCCAGUUGCGCGUCAUGUUCCAGCCGGUCUGCCGUCCAAAUCAGAAAAUCAUGUACGGAGUGGCCAGACAGGAGACGGCCGUCGUCCGAUGUCAAACCGACGCUAUUCCACCAGCCCGUUCGCAUAGGUGGGCGUUUAACGCGUCGACGUCGUCAGAAAUGACCGACCUGGCCGUCAAUCGAACCCAAAUUCUUCAGCAGACACGAUUCGAGAGCAGCCACGUCGAGGAAGGGGCAGACGCGCUGGAUAGCGUUUUCUCUUAUUCGCCCCAAUCGGAUCGGGAUUACGGAAGUCUCCUCUGCUGGGCUCGUAACGACAUCGGCGAACAACGGGAGCCUUGCGCCUAUCGCAUUUUCCUUGGUGUUCGUCCCGAUCCGCCCGUCAAUUGUUCAGUGGUGAACCAAACAGCCGACGCCGUCGAAGUUUGGUGUCGUCCGGGAUUCGAUGGCGGCCAAUCGCAACAGUUCCAGUUCGAAAUAUUCGACACCCAAUCUGCCGUUUUGCUUUACAACAAAUCGGGAAGGUAUCCGCAUUUGAGGGUCGGCAACUUGGAAUCCGGUCUCAAACUGUUCAUCCAAGUGUCGGCAUUUAAUCAGCGCGGCAGAUCUGCCCUCGUCCCUUUGGAGGCCUACACCGUCAAAAUCGCUGACAAACAAACAGUUAUUAUGGAAACGACGGACUUGAGUUCGGUGUUGGGCAUUGCCGGCGGAGUCUCUGCCUCCGUCUUAAUUGUCUGCGUAGCCAUCGCUUUAACGACUAGGUUCCGUCGUCAUCACCGCGCACCGAGCAACUCGACUCAACAUCAUGCCCACGGCAUCCAACAUCCAGUUGACAAGAGUAAAAAAACAGACAAUCAACCGUACGACUUGGAUGCUGAUCCCGACGUUAUCAUCAACAGUCAACUUGUAAACGACAUGCAGCAGGUGAAUCGCAAUGCCUCCAUCCAAAGGAGUCACCGCAGUAACAAUGCAACAGCGAGCCAACCACAACAGUUAUUGAUGGCCGUCGAUCCUACACGUCCCUUCACUAGUGCUGGACAUUCACAUCCCGCUCAUUACAGUCCGACGGCUGUCGGUGUUACGACGAAUAACAUUGAAGUCGUGGCUGUGAAAUCGCCUCACCGUCACAAACAAGAUCCUGAAACGUCUAUUUAAUUUUUGUAAAAUGGAAGCGAAUGCAGCACAUUCGAUUUAAAAAAAGAAACCUGACCAAAUGCUUUUCCAGUAAUUCAUCUCAUUUUCACCAUUUCGCAGUACAUCGCAUAGUUAUUGAUUCUAGUUAUUUGUUACACACAUUAUUAUUGAUAACGAUCUCAUUUUUGUAUCCCAGAAUGUCUUAUUUUGACUCCCAGUCUGUGAUGGAAAUCGUUUUGACUCUUUAUCCUGAUGUUCGUACAUCUGUCGUGCGCAUCUUUGGUUGUGAUGUGGUGCGAGUUGUUGUCGUUUUAAGAUAACCGUCAACACUUGUUUGCAUCCAUCGUAAUUUCGUUUAACUAACAAAAGGGGAAAUACACGCCUCUGUAAUUCUA